AUGUUUGGAGCUCUAAAUCGAUUUAUUGGUCGGCUGGACUCAGAGCCAGUCCAACACCCUCGGACUCCCACCGCAGACAAUGCAUUUGGUUUCCAGGUUCUCCGCAACAAGGACCCCGAACUACCACUAGAGCCCUGGUUCGACUUCAUCGUCGGCAUCAAUGGACAUCCGAUCGAAGACCCCGACCCGAACCUCUUCGCGACAGAGGUGCGCAACUGCGCUGGCACAAGUGUCCGAUUCGAGGUCUGGAGCGCAAAGGGCCAGAAAACACACACAGUGUCGAUCCAAGUCUCUCCCUCAAACCCUACGCUCGGUCUCGCUCUCCAACUCGCCCCUCUCUCCUCCACACAAAACAUCUGGCACGUCUUGUCCAUUCCGUCCCCGCUGAGUCCAGCGUACCGCGCGGGCCUCCUCCCCCACUCCGACUACAUCAUCGGCACGCCCAGCGGGACAUUACGCGGCGAGGCCGCCCUCGGGGAGUUAGUCGAAGACCACCUCAACCGCACACUGGUCCUGUGGGUAUACAACAGCGAAUUCGACGUCGUCCGGGAGGUCGAGCUGGUGCCCACCAGGGGCUGGGGAGGCGAGGGGGCGCUGGGCGCCGAGCUGGGCUACGGAGCCUUACACCGACUGCCCGUGGGUCUGGGCGAGGAGGUCGAGGGACCAGGCGAGGUUGUCUUUGAGACGCGCGAGGACGGCACCUCGACGCCGGUUUUCCACCCGCUGGAACCCCAGCCGGACGCUGCAGCUGCCGGGGGCAGCUUCCUGGUCCCGGCCAACAUGGCGUCUCCUCCGCCCUUGUCUGCGCCGAGCAGGAACCUGUCGGCGUCGCCGGCGAAUAACCGGUCACCUGCUCCGCGCCGAGCGGGCAGGAUGCGGCAUGCAGGGCUGUCGCCGAAUCUGGCCUUUGAUGAGUACUUUGCUGAGGGAGUACAGAAGAGCAAGGAGCAGGAUUAUAUCCCGUCGCGGAAGGGGACGCCGCUGCCGCCGCCGCCUAAAGCUGGCGUUGUCUCGCCGCCGCCGGUGGGUAGUCCAGGGCCCGCACAGGAGAGUUAG